GUAAUAAUAUGGCUGCCACUGAGCUGCCAUAUAUGUGCAGUAAAUACGGGCGGCUCAAGGUCAAAGGUUGUUAUUGUUUGGCGUGUGGCUCGAGAAUACACGGGUCCUGUUGUUCUCAAUUCUUUGAGGUAUAUUGAUGACACAGACUCGUGACAUGGUGUCAGAAGUAAACUGAACCCUUCGUGUUGAUAUUUUGCCUGGUUGGCAUUGCCUUCAUUACUUGUAUUCUCACUAUGAAUCUUCGAUCGCCAACCGAGUUGAAUUUCGGGGCGGCAAAUAUGGCUGCCGAGUGGGCAAGAUGGAGCCGAGACUGGCAGUAUUAUGCUGCGGCCCGUGAGUUGGCUGCGAAGCCUAUGGCGGUGCAGCUAGGGACUUUCUUUAAUUGUGCAGGUGUCAGUGCACAAGAGAUCGCGACACAUUUUGAGUGGCAGGAGGCGGACGGCCUUCCGGCCCUCCUGGCCGAAUUUGAAGCCUACUGCAACCCACGACGAAACGUCAUUUUGGAACGUUUCACGUUCAACACCCGGCAACAGCGUCCGGAUGAGAGUGUGACAAGCUUCCUGGCUGCCCUGCGCUCACUGGCGGCUACUUGUGAAUUUCAUGACGUGGACGACAUGAUUCGUGACCGCCUGGUCAUUGGUGUGCGCGACCAGGGGACACAGCGCGCUCUUCUUCGUCAGUCGAAGCUGACGCUGCAGGAAGCGAUAAAUAUUGCCAUCUCCGAAGAGGCGUCAACACGUGACCAACAGAGUAUGGCCGGUGCGCGCUCAGAAGAGCCGCAACAGAACACUAAUGAUGUCUGCGCAGUGUCCCAGCCGGUCGCACCCCCGUCUUCUGUUACGGUGAGCGCCCAGUGCCGCUUUUGUGCCCGGGUGCAUGUGAUGAGACGGACACAGUGUCCCGCGUGGGGCAAAACGUGCAACGUGUGCGGCGGCCAGAAUCAUUUCUCCGGAGGGAUAGCGUGCCCACGGCGACGACCGGCUGGAACCAGUGGCGCAGCGCUGGGCGCCGCGGGAGGAGCUCGUGCGCCUCGACAACGCCAGUUCGGGUCUGGAGACGGUCGGCGCCGCCCACCAGACGGCAGUGGGCCUAGAGUCGCCGCGGUACAAACGCCUGAAGAUGAAGACCCAUACAUCGUGGGCGCUGUUUUCGAAACAGAGACUGAUGAAGCUGCGAUCAGCUACCGCCGAUGAUCCCAUUUUGUCUCAGCUGCUGAGGCAGCUGCGCUCUGGCUGGCCGGCGCAUCGCCGAGACGUUCCUGAGCUUCUGAGGGGCUACUUUCCGUUCAGGGACGAACUGGCCGUGCAAGACGGACUGAUCUUUAAAGGCCGGCGCCUCGUGGUUCCUUUCAGUCAGCAGCGAGAAGUGAUAACUGAGCUGCAUCGUGCUCACAUUGGACUCGCUUCAACCCUUCGACUUGCGCGUGAGUGUGUUUUCUGGUUGGGUAUGACCAGCGCUUUGAAGGAGACCAUCCUCAAAUGUACAGUGUGCCUGGCACAUCACCCUGCUCAGUCUAGGGAGCCCAUGAUGUCACACGAGCUGCCAGAUCGUCCCUGGCAAAAGAUAGCUGUUGACUUGUUUGAGCUGAACGGUGUAGCAUACAGCGUUUUGGUUGACUACUACAGUAAUUUUGUCGAAGUUGAUCGGUUGGCUUCAAUGUCAACUACCAAUGUCAUAAAAGCCAUGUCAGCUCAGUUCGCGCGGUAUGGGAUCCCAGAAACCAUUGUCAGUGAUAAUGGCCCGUGCUACGCCAGUGCAGAGUUCAAAGCAUACACAGAUCGUUUGGACAUUGUUCACUGCACUUCGAGCCCGAGCUAUCCCCAGUCAAACGGGAAAGCCGAAAACGCUGUUCGCACGGUAAAGCGCUUGUUCAAAAAGGCACUCGAGUCGGGCGGAAACCCACAGUGGGCUCUCCUUGCUUGGCGGAACGUACCGACGGAAGGUAUAGGUGUCUCUCCGGCACAACUCAUGUUUGGUCGCCCUGCUCGAACUUUCGUGCCUCAGGUGCGCUCAAAUUUCACGGCACCCGGCUCCCCAGAUGUGUCGCGCGAAUUGCUGCAACGAAAGGCUAAACAGGCGACAUACUACAACCGAGGCACCCACUCUCUCAAGCCACUGGAAGCGGGCCAGUCCAUCCGCAUGCGGUUGCCCGGACAGGCUAGAUGGUCACUCGGUGUGUGCGUGAGGCCACUGACCCACCGCUCGUACCUUGUGAAGGUGAAUGGCGUGUUUUACCGCCGGAAUCGGCGGCAGCUUCUGGCUGGAGAUGUGGGCUCUGAUGUGGACUGUGAUGAGCGAAAUACUCCAGUGCGUAACCCACCGGUACUGAACUUGCCUGCUUUCCGUUCCCGGGAACAGGUGCCACGCCCUUUCCAGAGUCCCUCAUCGGAUGAGGCAGGUGACCCACAGGUCCCAGAUAUGCCUGAUCCCCUGCUGGCGCCUCCAGUUUCAGCGCCACCUGAUAUCCCUGUCCGUCCCGCUCCCUCGGCAGUACCAACGCCUGUCCGCCGCUCGUCGCGCGAAUCUCAUCCGCCAGGGUACCUGUCUGACUACGUCACUAAAUGAGAAAGGGGCGGGGUAUCGGGUAUCGAUGGAACUUGUGAUGUCGUGUGUUUGCGCAGUUAAAGGUUUUGUGCUUACAUGCCGGUGGAAAUUGUGCUAUCGUUGUGUGCGCAUUUUCCCUGUUUAGGCUUACCCGUUAUGCAUCAGUGUUUUGGGUGUUCUGACGCUCGUCUUCGCGUAUACUGCUCAAUGUUCAGAAGCUAUGUUCAUUUGCUGUUCCUGUUCGAUGAUGGGAUGUAGUGCCUACUGUUUUGGCGGUAAGGAAAGGGAGAUGUGACGUAAUAAUAUGGCUGCCACUGAGCUGCCAUAUAUGUGCAGUAAAUACGGGCGGCUCAAGGUCAAAGGUUGUUAUUGUUUGGCGUGUGGCUCGAGAAUACACGGGUCCUGUUGUUCUCAAUUCUUUGAGGU